CUGGACACAGGCUCUGGUAAUUUUUUUGUUUUUGCAACUAGUUUCUCUGUAUUUGUUGUGCAUUUAUGUCACUGGGAUAUAGCACAGUUCACGUGGAGGACUGUCCGGCGUGAUUCAGAGAUAAUGGGAGACUGCUGAGAGGGAUUGGUUGCAAAACGUGUUUACCAUGCAGUAAGUGCUGCGUGAUACUGGAACACAUGGACACGUGUUUGAGGUUCCCUAAAUAAUUCCAGAUCCUUUCAGAGGGAUGAAAAUGGCAAAUGGAUCACUGAUAGAGUUCUUCAUAUUGGCCGCAUACGGUGAACUUGGACACACACAAUAUGUUUAUUUCCUGUUUAUUCUUUUGUUGUAUUUAUUCAUCGUCAUGCUAAACAUUCUCCUUAUCAGUACUAUAUCACUGGACAGGCAGCUGCACAAGCCCAUGUAUUUCUUUAUGGUCAACUUAGGUGUGAACGGCCUGUACGGGAGCUUGGGGUUGAUCCCAACGCUGUUAGUGCACGUCCUGUCGGGGACCCACGAGAUCAGCCGCCCUGCUUGUCUGGUGCAGAUCUUCUGCUUGCACACGUACGGCGUCUGCGAGUUCACGACUUUAGCCGUGAUGGCGUACGACCGCUACGUGUCCAUCUGCAACCCCCUGUGGUACGACAGGAUCAUGACCCCUUUGAAAGUGUUCGCUUUCGUCGCCGGCGUCUGGCUGUUCACCGUCGGUAAAACCUCGGUGACCGUUGUUCUGACCUCUCAGCUGCCGCUGUGCGGAAUGCACAUCGAGAAGCUGUACUGUGACAACUUCUCCCUGGUGAAACUUGCCUGCAGGGACACCACGGUGAACAACGUCUACGGACUCGUCAGCCUUUUCAUGUCCGUGGGCCCUCAGCUGUCCCUCAUCCUGUACUCCUACGGAAAAAUAAUCACGAUCUCUCUGAAGGCGAGCAGCAACUCUCGAGCCAAAGCCGUUCACACCUGCACGCCUCACUUGAUAAGUCUGGCCAAUUUUUCCAUCGCUUGCACUUUCGAAGUGCUCCAGAGCCGAUUUGACAUGAGCAAAGUGCCCCGUACCUUUCGCCUGAUCGUAUCGGUGUAUUUCCUGGUUUUUACCCCCCUCCUAAACCCGAUCAUUUAUGGAGUCCGCUCUGAGGUCAUUAGGAAGAGCAUGCUCAAAGUCCUCAAUAUCAAGAGAACGACCAACCAGGCCAUGUCCAACCAGACCCAAUGAAGGGUAUAAAUGGACCCGCACAUUGUGAAUACCACUGGCAUUAAUGACUUUACUGUCUUUGCCCUGUUGAUGUUAAGCAUUUCCGUUUAAAAAA